AUGCUCGUAGAAGAGAAGCAGAGCCUCAAUAAUGAGUGCGGACAAUGCAGAUCUGAGACUGAUAUGAGUGAUGCGCAGUGCGAGACUGCCAGAGCAGCCGACGACGAGAACGAUAAGUUCCCACAGUUACCGCGUAAACAAAACCAACACCAUACAAAUGACCUUAUAUCACCUCUGACCUCUUCUAUUGCAGAGUUCCCACAGUUGCCAAGCAGCGUGCAGAUUAUCGACAGACAGACAGGUCAUCCAAGAAACGGGAUUCUGGGUCCCUAUUACCCUGGUCAGAAUAUUAUGCUGACAUGUAUAUCCUUAAAUGGAGAAGAACCACGGCCUCGUCUCCGUGUCGGAACUGCUGGUCAACGUAACUCGGGCAGACGACAACACACGGGUGAAGUGCACGGCAGAGAACCCCGCCGUGCCUGGUGCCGUCCUUAGCAACUUCACCACGCUCACCGUACACUAUCCUCCUUCGGUCACAGCCUCCUUGGGUCGCUCCUUGAGACCCGAUUUACUGAAGGAAGGCGAUGAUGUCUAUUUCACCUGCAGUGUGGCCGCCAACCCCCCAGCUUCCACGAUCACCUGGUAUCAUGAGGGGACGGUGCAGGUGCAAAACGUGUCCCAAGGGGUGAUCGUGUCCGGGGAGAGCCUGGUGCUGCAGAAGGUGAGGCGGGACAAAGCAGGGAAGUAUAAGUGCGGAGCCUCCAACGCCCUGGCCACCGUCACCAGCGCCCCCGUCCACCUCAAGAUCCGCUAAAUGCCGCUGCCACUGUCCUCCUGCCGCCUCGCCAACAUCACUGCCUCAUCACUCAGCCUCACUUGCCAGCGCCCUCACGUCACCACUCGGGGCACCACACUCUACAGGGCUGAGGUCUACUUCGAAAACCGGACGCUCUUCGCCAACGUGACGUCCAACCGGCCCAGUUUUAACGUGAGUCGACUGGACGCCGGGACGAGCUACCAGAUCAAGGUCUACGUCACACACGGCCCCGUUACGUCUCCUCCCGUGGUCGUGUCCGCCUAUACGUCGCGCUCAUCUAGGACGCCAGAGAAGAACGGCGACGGAUCGAGCGACGGCGAGGCGGGCGGGGGCGGCAGCGUGGGCGGCGACGUGAAGGAGGCGGAGGACGCGGAGGAUCGUGGGCGGCGAGGGAGCGUCAUAUCCCGGAUGAACGGCGUGACGGUGGGCGGGGUGGUGGGCGGGGUGGUGGGGACAGUGGUGCUGCUGGUGGGGGCGGUGUGGGCGAGGCACUACUGCAUCGUGGUCCGGCGGAAAGAUGCGGAGGAACGCCAGCGACGAGGCCAACCCCGACGUGGUGCCAGCGUGGAACCAGAACAAGGGAAUGCGCGCGGGCGUACUGUUCGCACCCACGGGCACCCAAGGCCGCGGGCGGGCGGGCGGGCUUUUCCUUCGCGUUGCAGACGAUCAUCGCCACCUAGAGGUCGUGAGGCUCGCACGCGUGCAGCCCGUUCGAAUCCCGAAGCGCGGGCGGCCGCUUGCAAGGGGCGUGUUCGGUCAGUCACCUGCGCCCGUAACCGAUCGCCAAUCACGCGCGAAUCACGGGAAUCACGGGCGGAAUUAAGGCCCAUUUCGAAGCCUGGAACGGAGGGCCACGGGACACGGGACCUGGAGCGGUGUGCCCCGAGUGCCAGCAAGUCAACAUCCGUCCUUCCCAACGAGCCACAACCACUGGACACUCGUGCCCACCUCCGCAUCACAACUCGGGCCCUCUUGCCACCUUGCGACAUGCCCACCCAGCGCCACAAUAACCUGGACACUCAACUCAUGCCCACCUUGCAACAUGCCCCACCUCCCGCGCCACAGCCUGGACCCCCCACCACAACAUAG